CAGUGCAUCACGGGAAAGUUUCUGUGCAGCUCUUCUCACAUGUGGUCGCGAGCGAGCGCGUGAACUUUCCUCGGCUCAUCCGGCGGAGAAGAAAAAGACAUUUAUUUUACUUUAGCUUUUAUUUCUCAGAUUAAACAUGAAGCCCGGUUUCAGUCCUCGUGGCGGCGGAGGUCGAGGCGGAUUCGGCGGAGGUCGAGGCGGAUUCGGCGGAGGUCGAGGCGGAUUUGGUGAAGGUCGAGGCGGAUUCGGCGGUCGAGGCCGUGGUGGGGACAGAGGAGGAGGUAGAGGCGGGUUUAGAGGAGGACGAGGCGGUGGAGGCGGUGGGUUCAGGUCUCCGGGUGGCGAAGGAGGAUUCAGGGGCCGUGGAGGAGGCAGAGGGACACCAAGGGGGCGAGGGGGCAGAGGAGGAGGGUUUGGAGGAGGGAAGAAGGUGACGGUGGAGCCGCACAGACAUGAAGGUGUGUUUAUCUGCCGUGGAAAGGAAGAUGCCCUCGUGACUAAGAACAUGGUGGUGGGAGAGUCCGUGUACGGCGAGAAGAGGAUCAGUGUGGAGGAUGGAGAAACGAAGAUUGAGUACAGGGCGUGGAACCCGUUCCGCUCCAAACUGGCGGCGGCGAUCUUGGGUGGAAUCGAUCAGAUCCACAUUAAACCCGGAACCAAAGUCAUGUACCUGGGGGCGGCGUCGGGAACCACCGUGUCUCACGUCUCCGAUAUCGUCGGGCCGGAGGGUUUGGUGUACGCAGUGGAGUUCUCUCACCGCUCCGGUCGAGAUUUACUAAACGUAGCCAAAAAGAGAACCAACAUUAUCCCCAUUAUCGAAGACGCCAGACAUCCGCACAAAUACCGCAUGCUAGUCGGGAUGGUGGACGUGAUUUUUGCCGACGUUGCUCAGCCGGAUCAAACUCGUAUCGUCGCUCUCAACGCUCACAACUUCCUCAAGAACGGCGGCCAUUUUGUCAUCUCCAUCAAGGCGAACUGCAUCGACUCGACGGCGUCCCCUGAGGCCGUGUUUGCGUCCGAGGUGAAGAAAAUGGGCGCAGAGAACAUGAAGCCUCAGGAGCAGCUCACACUCGAGCCAUACGAGAGAGACCACGCUGUCGUCGUAGGAGUGUACAGGCCGCCUCCCAAACAGAAGAAAUGAAGACACAGUAAAAAUUUUUUGAUUGGACCCAUUUCUGUUCCCGCUGAUCCUCCAGCUUUGAUCACUGACUGAUACACACUGUCUUUAUUUCCCCAUCUGCUUUCUCCACCCGUGUGUGCGCGUGCGUCAACGCUGGAGGUGAAGAACUUCCACAGUACAUCAGUGUUUAAACGAUCCCAUCGUUAGCAUAAUCAGCGGCGUGACUCCAUCAGGAAGUUCUCAUCAUGUAUUAUAGUAUAUUAAACCAUGAGAAGUUUGUUUUACUUUGUGAACAAUUUGUUUUUCAGCUUAUUUCUGCUUUCUUUAGUAUUGAAAAUUAUGUCUAGGGGAAAAAGAAAAAAAAAAGUGGAUUUCUGUAAGUCAUGUGACUGUACUGAUUGUUGGAUGACUGACUUUUUUUUUUUUUU